CCAUUUAUCUGAACUACACUAGAAACUAAGGGCUGGUACUUUCUGAAUAACCCCGUUAAAAGAAGCGGCAAAAAUAUCUGUUCAUAAAUCCGUUAAAAGUAGCGCCAAAAAUUCUGAUCAUAAUUCCGUACAAAACGAACUUUCAAAUAAUGACGCACCCCACUCCAUAGUACUCCACAAGCUCACACUGUCACACAUGAUGCAAGCCUUGUGCAAAAGGGGCCAACUUCAACAAGCUCUCAGACUCCUCUCCAACCCAACCCAAAUAAACUCUUAUUAUUCACUGUAUAUGAAUAUCUUGCAGCUGUGCAUCGACGAACGAGCAGAAAGGGCCGGUCUUUUGGUUCACAGCCAUGUAAUUACAAAUGGGUUUGGUUCAAAUUUGAAUUUAUAUACUAAGCUGAUAAUCUUUUACUGCAACUUUGGUCGCAUGGUUAGUGCCCGCAAUGUGUUUGAUAGAAUGCGUGAGAGAAAUGUCGUGUCUUGGACUGCUAUGAUUUCUGGGUAUGUUAAAGGUGGGUGUUAUAAGGAUGGUUUAAUGGUGUUUCUGAGUAUGCGUCAGGCAGGUUUUAGAGCUAAUCAGUUUGGGUAUGGGAGCGCGUUGAGGGCGUGUACGGGUUUGAGGUGUUUGGAAGUAGGGCAGCAGAUACAAGGGUGUAUUGUGAAAGGGAGGUUUGCUGAGAACUUGUUUGUGCAGAGUGCGUUGGUUGAUUUUUAUUCUAAGUGUGGGAAGAUAGAGGAUGCACGUUAUUUGUUUGAGGAAAUGAAGGUGAGGGACUUGGUUUCGUGGAAUGCUAUGAUUGGCGGCUAUGGUGUUCAGGGUUUUGCUGAUGACUCAUUGCGUAUGUUUCAUUCGAUGAUGAAGGAAGGCAUGAUCCCUGAUUGCUUCAGCUUUGUAAGUGUGUUGAGAGCCUUAACUGGAGAUAGUGGUAGCAUGAAGGUGAGUCAAAUACAUGGAUUCAUCAUGCAACUGGAUUUUGGAUCACACGAGGCUAUAAGUGGAUCGCUAAUCAAUGCAUAUGCAAAAUGUGGAAGGGUAAAGAGAGCUCAUCAGAUAUACAAGAGCAUGAUAAAAAAGGACAUUAUAUCAUGCACGGCAUUGAUAAGUGGAUAUGCACGAGAAGGUAACUACAGCAGAGAUGUGCUAGCUCUCCUUAAAGAAGUGAAUCUUAUGCGCAUGGCACUGGAUGGUAUGAUAUUAUGCUCCAUGCUUAAUAUAUGCGCGAAUAUUUCUUCAUUGAUCUUGGGAAGACAAAUUCAUGUCCUUACUUUUAAACACCAACCUUGUCAUGAUGUGGCCGUGGGAAAUGCUCUUGUUGACAUGUAUGCAAAAUGCGGAGAAAUUGAAGAUGCUAACCAUGCUUUUGAUGAGAUGAAGGAAAAGAAUGUUAUUUCAUGGACAUCGCUGAUUUCUGGAUAUGGAAGGAAUGGCUUGGGACAUAAGGCGAUUGCUUUAUAUAAAAUGAUGGAAUAUGAGGGAUUGGAACCUAAUGAUAUCACGUUCCUGUCUCUUCUCUUUGCUUGUAGCCAUGCUGGACUGACAGUUGAAGGAUGGGAAUGCUUUAAUACUAUGCUUAAAAAGUACAACAUCUUGCCUCGAGUUGAGCAUUUUUCUUGCAUGGUAGACCUUUAUGCACGCGCAGGUUUGUUAGACGAAGCUUACAAGUUGAUGUGUGACAUGAACAUAAAGCCUAAUUCCUCACUCUGGGGAGCCAUUCUUGGGGGGUGUAGCGUCCAUGGUAAUAGCUCACUUGGAGAAGUGGCGGCAAUGCAUCUUCGUGAUAUGGAUCCAAAGAAUUCAGUUAACUUUGUUGUCCUAGGAAGCAUAUAUGCUGCAUCUGGUGCAUGGGACAAUGCUUUGGAAACGCGAAAUUUGAUAGAGAGGAGAAGUUUGAAAAAAGAACCAGCACAGAGCGUUUUAGUUUCCACAACAAAUAAAACUGUGCUUUUGCAGCCAACUUAAGACAGUAGAACUAGCUAAAUUCGUUGUUCAUCCUUGGAGAGGAGCAAAUACCAUUACCAUCUUGCUCAUGCAGAUGUUUUUGUUUAUGCUCCAAGAGUAUCUAAUUCAUCUCGUUCUACUUUCGGGAUGCAGACCUGUUUCACAUAUUGCUUCUGAACACUCAGGCAUAGAGGAGUCAUUGGGGUAAAGUUUAAUCCACGAAACAAUAAUAAGUGAAAUCAAGGUUCCAGUCGAUAUGGUCAGAGUGGAGAUAGCCCAAUAGGAUGGCUUCCCCAGGUUAAUGUACUAUUAUUAGUCCAUUAUCUUAAGAGGAACUAAGCCUUUUCAGAAUGCUAUGCUCAGAAAAUUCAUCUUUUGUUGCGCCACAAAGCAGUGGGAGGAAUUGCUUGCUAUAAUCUCAUUAUAACCUGUGGCAUCAUGCGAUUCAUACCUUUCUGGGAAGAGUUACCUGGAUUAAUAGACUAGAAGAGAUAAGUUUGCUGCUGUAAAAAUAUUCCAACUGCUAAAACAAUGUCUCGGAAUCACAGUGGUAUCUCAUAGUGUCUCAACUUUCUAAACUUGAGAAAAGAGUGGAAGUUGAAAAAUGAAAAUACUUCCUCAUGCAAAUAUAUAAUUCUUUUUCUUUAAUUUGCUACCAUAUUUGGCAAUUGAAUCAUUAUUGUAUGAAGAAUGAAAGACAAGUAUGGCUAUACAAAAAAUAAGAGGAUCUGGAUUUGAUAUCUAGCUUAGUCUUGGAUUCAUUUGUAGUCUACAAGGCAUCAACGGUUGGGAGUCUUUCACGUAAACGUGAGUGACUGUCCUUAGCAUUUCUCCUAGCUUGUAAGAUGCGUGUCGGCUCAAAUGUAACAUUUACUGAAGAAGUUGAGUUAGUCUCAGUCCAUCUAUUACAGUUUCAAAAGAAAUACAACCCAGACACGAGUCUAUUAUAACACAUGAGUUGAUUGUCGUUCUAAAUUAAAAGAUUUGUGUCUACUGCGUUGUUCUAUGAGUGUCUGCUGCUUUCUUCUGGUUGUUUAGGGUCAAUGGUUGCAGUUUGCAUUCUUGGGGCUGGUACUGACCUCUACUGCCGCAGUGAAGAGAGAACACAACAGUAAUGAACUCGAUAAUAAAGAAGGGCGGUUCUUGGUUGGAAGAUUGAGAAGGGUGGUUCAACCCCCCAAUGUGGUUAGGAAUCACUACUUGUCUCAAACAAACAGACGCAGGAGAGGCUCGAAGAGGGGAUUUCUAAGCGAAAAGCACAAGGCGGCUUUGCUAUCCAUGCUACUCACCAAAGGGUGGCAGGUGAAGCUGCAAGGAGAAAAUGCAGCUUUCUUCUUUACAUAAAACUGAUAUGAGUGUGACUAGUCUUAUAGCAUCGUUGCUUUUUCGAUCUUUCAAUUUCUUAUCUGUGGGAGAAGAUAGGAAGGGAAAGAGACUUCGAUCGUGUAGAUUUCAGUUCUACUGUUAAAUAUUGAUGAACCUCUUCUAUAAUUUUGUGCUAGGUUCUGUUGUUCUAUCA